UUGUGAUUCCAAAGAAGUCAGAUGUAGGAUGUGGCUGCGCUCGACCAGAGAGCGGUGCUACUUCUAGAAGGAAAGCCUCCCCAUCCGAGAAUCAAAACAAGGACCUGCCUCCGCCCAGUCACCGAAUAGACACUCGCGAGCAGCAUCCAGGACCGCUUGCGACUUAACGGUGCGCUCAGCCUCAGAUAACAGGCCGCGUGGACGUUGGACCCAGCAGGACAGUGUGUGUGUGUGUGUGUGUGUGUGUGAUCUGUAGUCAUGGGUGUGUGGAGUGCAACUCUCCUGCUCGGACUCCUGCUGCUGGGGUACACGAAUGCCGGACCCAACGCACCACGAGCGCCGGUGUUCCUGGGCCGGGAGGCGGCCAGCCAGGUGAUGUCCAGCCAGGCGGCGUCGCGGCAGAAGAGGUCCAACACGGGGGAGAACGAGCAGGCGAUGCCCCCCAACCUGGAGCGGGAGUGCCUGGAGGAGAUCUGCAACUACGAGGAGGCCAGGGAGGUGUUCCAGGACGCGUACCGCACCGACAUCUUCUGGUCCGUGUACAUCGACGGAGACCAGUGUGCGGAGCAGCCCUGUAAGAACGGAGCCAUGUGUUCCGACAGCGUGGGCGGCUACGACUGCGUCUGCAAGGCCGGCUUCUCCGGGGUCCACUGCGAGUCAGACCAGACAGGGUGUGUGGUUGACGACAGUAAGGGCUGUACUCAGUUCUGUAAGCCGGGCUACCAGUCCUACGAGUGCUCCUGUGCCCGCGGGUGGAAGCUACAGCAGAGGGAGAAGUGUGUUCCUGCUGCAACAUUCCCCUGUGGUAAGGUGAACAGUCUGAGUCAGUGGGAGAAUCGUCAGUCCAGUAACGUCCGCAGUGCAUACCAGGGGCUGACCUGCAAUGCAGAGGAGUGCCCAUGGCAGGCUCUGCUUAGGAGCACCUCAUCCAGGGGUUUCUGCAGUGGGGUCAUCUUGAAGGAGAAACUGGUCCUGACUACCGCUCAGUGUGUUGACAAGUACCCCGACUUCCAGGUGUCAGUGGGUAAGCGCUCCACGGCGGCGGAGGCGGGCGAGCAGACGCUGUACGUGCGGCAGGUGCACAGACACCCUCGCUACGUGAGCGGCCGCGGCGACUACGACCUGGCGCUGGUGGAGCUGCGGGACAAGAUGGCGCUGAAGAAGAGCGUCGUCCCCGCCUGCCUGCCCGAGAGGGACUUCGCCGACAGCGUCCUAUUGGCUGGCAAGUACAUGGGCGUGGUCACGGGGUGGAGCCACGCCCCCGACGCCACGGAGGUGACCGGACCUCUGACCCUCAACCACCUCUCCUACGAGACGCUCGACAAGUGUGUGGACAGAUUCAACGGCCAGGUGACCAAUAAGAUGGCUUGCUCGUUGCCCCGGGAGAAAGCGGACUGCGUGAUUGGUCCAGGCAGCCCGGUGCUCACGCUCUACAAGGAAGUGUUCUUCCUCACCGGAAUCAUUAGCCCCGCCCCCGAGCCCGGCUGUCGUCAAGGAUACGUCAUGCAGAAGGUGUCACGUUACCUGAACUGGCUCCAGCCAUUGGUGGACACCCUGUAGGGGAGGCGGGGUUAUGUGAUUUUCAGUGUAUUUCAGCCACUGAGUUGAUGCGCAUACACACUUUUACACACAUGCUUACACACACACACACACACACACACACACACACACACACACACACUCACACUCACACUCACACAAAUCACUGGAGGCUUCAUAGUACAUUGUGCAUCUGAAUGCAUGCUAACUCAUUGUCUGGCAUGAUGGUAUAGGAUCCUAUAUACACACCACACAUCCUAUAUACACUACACAUCCUACACUACACAU